AUGACAACAGAGCUCCCCACCCCCUCUACAGGCUCUACUAAGACGUUUGUCUCCUUUUCCAGGGAGGAAAUCAUCGUACCCAAUGGCUGUUCUAAUGCCAAGGCAGUCUUCAACUUGGUCAUGACUGCUAUCGGUUUGGGUAUUAUGACACUCCCUAUGGCCUUUGCUAGAGCCGGUUGGAUCAGUGGUUGCAUCUUGCUAGUUGUUGCUGCCGCUUUCGUAUAUUACAACGUGGUUCUACUUUGCCAUGCUCUAUGUCUUAAUCCGGAAGACUCUAAGAGUCCAAUACAGUCCUUCGAGGAGCUAGGACGAAUAUGCUACGGUUCUAUGACAGUCCUCGACGCGCUGUCCAAGUUCGAUAGUCAACGCAAUCCGAAUUUCCGAGUUAGGAACUAG